CUGCUACGUCAUUAUUUCGGCAUGAUAAGAAUCAUUUUAAGAUAGAAAUAUAUUUUUUUUAUUUUUGAUAUAUUAAAAAUAUGGUAGAUAAAAUAUAAAAUGAUAUGAAAAGGGCAAAUGUUUAAUGCUAUAUUUGGUGUAAAGUGUGAUUGAUAAAAUUAUGGGAUUGAACAGCUUUUUAAUAACUGAAGUCAAUAUCAGUUGAAGUGAAAAUAAAUACAGAUUCAGUGUGUUGGAAGACUAAUAAGUAUUAUUUUGAAGAAACAUUAACAAAGUAGUGAAAACAAUACACAAUGUUUACUAUUACAUCAAAAUGGAUGAAACCAAAGUAUUUAUUAAAUACAUAUAGUUUCAAGAAUUGGCAAGGUUUAUGUACAAGUACUGAAGAUUACAAAUCACCUUUGUCUGAUGUGCGCGUGUUAGAUUUAACACGAAUUAUUGCUGGUCCCUAUUGUACUAUGAUUCUUGGAGAUCUUGGUGCUGAGAUUUUAAAAGUUGAGAAACCAGGUAGUGGAGACGAAGCACGAAAAUGGGGUCCACCAUUUAUAAAAGACACACAAGAGUCAGUGUAUUUUCUUAGUGUUAAUAGGAACAAAAAGAGUAUAUGUAUUGAUCUGAAAGAAGGUAAAGACAUAAUCUUCGAAUUAGCAAAAAAGUGUGAUGUUCUGGUAGAAAAUUAUAUUCCUGGAAAACUGAAGCAAAUGGGUUUAGGGUAUGAAGAUAUCUCUAAGAUUGCACCUCAUAUUAUAUAUUGUUCUCUGACUGGUUAUGGAUAUGAAGGACCUUAUGCAAAUAGACCAGGAUAUGAUGUGAUUGCUGCUUCAGUAGGAGGUUUGUUGCAUAUAACAGGUGAAAAAGAUGGACCACCAUGUAAAGUAGGAGUAGCAGUAACUGAUAUAGCUACAGGUUUAUAUGCUCAUGGUGCUAUAUUAGCAGCACUAUAUCAAAGAAAAAAUACUAAUAAAGGACAAUGGAUUCAGUGUAAUUUAUUAGCAACACAAGUUGCUGGUUUAAUAAAUAUUGGAUCAAAUUACCUAAACGCUGGUAAAGAAGCAGUACGGUGGGGUUCUGAACAUGAAAGUAUUGUACCUUAUGAAGCUUUUCCUACAAAAGAUGGAUAUAUGACUGUUGGAACUGGAAGUGAUAUACAAUUUAUAGAUUUAGCAAAAAGAAUGCAAUUGACAGAAUUACUUAAUUCUGAUAAAUAUAAAAAUAACAAGGCUAGAGUGGAAAACAGAAAUGAAUUGUUGCCACUUCUUAGAAAAAAAUUCAAAACAAAAUCUAAUAAAGAAUGGGCACUCGUAUUUGAAGGUGCUUCAUUUCCAUAUGGUCCAAUAAAUACAAUAGGACAGGUUUUCGAAGAUCCUCAGAUAAAGCACAUGAAAAUGGUACAAGAUUUGGAACAUUCCACAGGGAACAGAGUUAAAGUUGUUGGCCCUGCUGUAACAUACAGUUAUGCCACGAAUAAAGCUCGCUUUGCACCUCCUAUGUUGGGACAACAUACUGAUGAUAUAUUAAAAAAUAUUUUAAAUUAUACUGAUGAUGAAAUAAAAGUUUUAAAGAAGAACAAAAUAGUGCAAUAG